CAGGUUCUGGUACCGCAUAUUGACCUGAUGUUUAAGGACAUUUGUGACACCUCUCUGUCGAACAUGGCUUUCAUGACUCUGGCCAACAUCUCCAUUGGUCACGCAGAACAUUUUGUCAAGCAUUUAAACAGGUGUCUUAAAGCCUGGGAACAGAUUCCUUACACUGUAGCCUCCGCCUGUAAGAUAAUUGCCAGCAUUGGCCGAGUUAACAAGAAAGAGGCAGAGAGGUGUUUGAAGAUCUUUUUCGGCAAGGUGAACAGCAUCGAUCCAAUGUGGAUAAGCGUCAUCUUAAUGGAGGUGAAGAGGAUCGGUCAGGCACACAAGGAAUGUCUAGAUGUAUAUCGACCGCAGAUUGAGAAACUGAAGACAUGUCAGCAGAUGGGCGUACCAGACAUGGUCCAGUCCAUGAUAGAUUUUCUGGAUGACAGAAGUCUUCAUGGCCUCAGUGAAGAAGUGGCAGAACAGCGAGAAGACAUCGACAACUUGGAUUCUCGCGUGACGAACACAGAAAACGACGUCACAAGAAUCGACGAGACCGUGGACCAGCAGGGUGAUGAGAUUCAGAACGUGAAGAACGAGGUCAACGAGCAGGGUGAGAAACUUGAUGAGCUGAAGGAGGUCGUGGAUGAAACGGUGGAGAAUGUGGAGGAGAUUGACCACAAGACGAUCACCAACGCGCCAAAAUGGUCACGUGACGUCUCAAAGAUGUUAAACCCCGAGCAUGAGCAUGACUGGAGAUUCUUGGCCGUUCGUCUCGGCUACUCUGGUGAAGACAUUCGCAACUGGGCCCUGUCACCUGAUCCUACCAUGGCUAUCCUGGCUGAAUGGUACACGACUCAUAAGAGCAGUGAUGCCGCCUACGCCAUACUAAGUGCGCUGGAAGACAUGGGAAGAACUGAUGCGACAGAAAUCAUCACGCAAUCUCUAGAAGAAGCAGAACUGUUAUUGCCCCAGGCUUCUCCGGAUGAGUCAGAUAAGCCUCCGACGGUAUUCCUGAGCUACCAGUGGGACCACCAGCCCGAAGUGAAGGCCAUCAAGAAGCAUCUAGAGAUGGCUGGGUUUCCUUGCUGGAUGGACAUUGGUCAGAUGGGUGAAGGAGAUCAGUUGUUUGCUAAGAUCAGCCAGGGUAUGAGAUCAUCCAAACUGGUACUCUGCAUGGUGACUGAGAAAUACUCAAACUCGGAGAAUUGCAACAAGGAGGUGAACCUCGCCAACCUGCUGAACAAACCAAUCAUCCCUAUCCUCAUAGACCAGACUCAGUGGCCUCCUCAAGGAGCUAUGAGUAUGUUGUUUGCGCAGCUUCUUUUCAUCCAGUUCUACAACGACAAGGAAUACGUGAGAGGAGAGAAAUUCUGGGAGGACGCCAAGUUUUCGGAACUUUUGGGACAGAUUUCUUAUCAUGCGAAUCCUGAUGAAAGCAUGAUAUCCGAUGAAUAUCGUGACUGGAUUCCUCAGGUGGAAGAUAAACCCGUUACUGUUAAGAAGGUAUCCGAGGAAGCAAAAAGCUCACAUGCGCAGCAGAACCAAACCAUGGAGUCAACCGAAGCUCCAUCUAUAUUCAUCUCUUACCAAUGGGACAAGCAACCUGAGAUUAAGAGACUGUUCUCGCGUCUCACUGGUUUGGGUUACCACUGCUGGCUGGAUAUCAAUCAAAUGGGUGGUGGGGAUCCACUCUACUCCAAGAUUGAUAAAGGAGUGAGAAAUGCAAAGGUCGUCGUUUCCUGCGUCACUCCUAAGUAUUCCCUCUCCGCCAACUGCAGGAGAGAGAUCAGUCUCUCUGACGCACUCCGUAAACCCAUCAUUCCCCUGCUGCUUGAAGAGAUGACAUGGCCACCAGAAGGUCCAAUGAGCAUGACCAUCACCCAGCUUCUCUACAUCGACUUCACCAAAAAGACCACUCAGGCCAGCUUUGAUGAUGACAAGUUUGAAGAACUCAUCGAGAAGAUCAAGGAACAUGCGGAACCGACGCUUCAGGUCGUGCCUCCAGGCAAACAGGAUGAAACGAAGGUGACAAGUCAAGAACAGUCACCAACACCUACGCCCAAAGAAGAAGGAACCACAGAGACAAGCGAGAUAAAAGACAUACCAUCUUCUGCUGAUGCCAGUGAAAGUGACACCAAGCCGGUCGAGGAAGUUCCUGCAGCCGUUGAGGGGAGUGCCACUCCACAGGAACAGGCAUCUUCUCCACAACAGCAAAACAGUCCAGCUGAAGCACCAACUGCAGAACAACAGGAUGAAAUGAAGUUGACGAGUCAAGAACAGUCACCAACAGCUACGCCCAAAGAAGAAGGAACCGCAGAGACAAGCGAGACAAAAGACAUACCAUCUUCUGCUGAUGCCAGUGAAAGUGACACCAAACCUGUCGAGGAAGGUCCUGUAGCACCACCUGCAGAACAACCAUCACUAAAGCAGAGUGAUAAAUCACCAGUAAAAAAGCCUUCUUCGCUCCCUCCAUCUGAAAAGAAGAACAAGAAAUCAUCUACCUGUUUGCUUCUUUGAUGAUGCAUUGGGUUAGCUCAUCAAACUUUCUAUGUGCCAGUUUAAUAUUAAUGUGGUCUUUUAAUACUGGUAUUUGAUUACAGCUGAUUUUACUUAUUCUUCCGCCUUUUUCUGAAAACAAACUACCCAUUAUGAUAUAUUUUCCUACUAACAAUAUACACAAUUAUUUAACUUCAUUUAUGCCAAGUGAAUGCACCCAUGGCACUGUUUAACCAAUGCAUACUAAGUAUACUAAUAAAAUGAUGAAUGUUUAUUUUAAUAUUCGAUAUCUUAAAUUUAGACGUAAGACUUCUACAUAAACAUAUGCACUUU